AUUGUCAUUCUUUUGACCAGCGGGAAAAGGCGAACAAAAACAUCAUUAUCGAAAUUAUCUCUUAGUCGCCGGCGGUGCAAUUAUCGUCAUUGUUCUUAUCUUUAUCCGUUACAUCCUUUUCCAAGCGAACGAACGACCACAGCGACGGCCCACGAUGGCUUCAAACCCCCCCGAGAGGGAUCUCCCCAUCCCUUUACCCUCACCACUCCAAUCCCACCCACCAGACUUCCCGUCCUACUCCCGCGCCGACGCGGACCCAGAACCUGUCUCGCCCAUAUCCUCCAUAUUCCCAAUGUCUCCAGUUCCAACGCGCCCAGGACAGGCAGCAGGCCUUAGGAUGGUCAGCCCCAGUCCCGCGCCCACAGCCGUCUCCUCGCGACCUCUGCCUUCGCUUCCACCCCUCGAUACAUCCCAAGACGCAGUAGGACAAGAACCUUCGUAUAUCGCGAAUACCCGCCACCAAGUCGAGCAACGCAUCCGCUACCUCCCCGAAUGGGAAACGCCCCGAAACCCGCCCAAGCGCAGCAAACUGCAUCAGACGCGCAACUUGCUUUCGUCCAUCCCCUUCUUUGAAGCGAGGAAGCAGCCGAGUUUUGUCAAGAAGCAGCACAAGCCGCGGUCGAGGUCGGUUCCUUCGCUAUUCAGUUUGAUGGAUCCGCCAGUGGCAGGGGAAAAGGAUGAAGCAUUGUCUCCCAGCGAUCAGCAUGGGGUUAACGGUGCGGGCUGGAGAAAGAGUCUGGGAUUUGGGUAUGGGAGGAAUAGCUUUGCGGGUUUGGAUCCAGAACGACAUGGCGAGGGAGGAAUAUUGCCGACGCAUACGGUUACGACGCUGGGAAGCAUUCCGAAUCCGCCGCCGGCGCCGAGACUGACGCACAAGGAGAGGGUGAGGAAUUGGGUCAAUCGGAGGCUGUUGCCGCCUGAGAAGCAGUAUCCAUUUAAUUUGAACAGGCGGCGGUUUUAUCUUUUCGUCCUUCUGCCGCUUCUGCUGCUCUUGCUGCUCGGAUUGGCGCUCGGGCUUGGAUUGGGACUCGGACUCAAGAAAAAGGACGACGACAGCGACCUCCCCAUCCCUCCACCCCUCGGCGAAGACCCCCCGCUCACUGUCCACCAAGCCACCUUCACUUAUUACUCCCCCUCCAACAGCACUGGCGCUUGCGGCUACAACAUCAACAACAACGAGGUUGUCGUCGCCAUAUCUUACAAAAUCUGGGACGAAGCUGCCAAACGCGCUGCCCACCUCCUCCCGCAAGAACUACAGUACAGCUCUUUGAACUCCGAUCCGAACAAGAACCCGCUUUGUGGAAAGGUGAUCUGGAUUGGACAACACGGGGAUCUGCAGGGGGAUGAUUGGGUUCAGGCGAGGGUGGCCGAUAGAUGCGGGCCAGACAGGUGUCCGGAGGCGGAGGAUAUGGACUUGACAGUGGGAGCGUUCGAGACUGUAUACAAUGUGGGUAUGAGGAGGAUUAACUCGGAUGUGGGACAUGAGGAGGACGACGGGAAAGAAGGGUGGUGGGCUUGGGCUGCGGAGGAGAAUGUAACCGGGUAGAGGUAAGGUUUGGGUCUACGAGGUUAUGAUUAUCGGAUAUGGAUUAUGCGGUAUGUUUAUGGGAUACGGCGCACGGUGAUGUGGUAAGGAUUUGGGCACAGGAACGGUCAUCGCAUAUGGAU